GAGCGAUUUCCUCAGAUCUGGCCUAGUGGUGACAGGAGACGAAGUUCAGCCUACGUGGAUGAACCCUGGUUCUGGACCACUAGUGGAGGGACAGAGGAAUUCUGGGCUGCACAUCUUCCAGCAGGCCGUGGAGAGUCAGGGGUGGGGUUUGGUGGCGCUCUCAGACAAAGCAGUUCCCUGCAGAGACGCCCUAGUGAGCUGAACAUUUCCGGAGUCCUUGCCUUUCCAAGGCUGCUGUUUCUUAGGAAAAAGAGAAUAAGGGAGGGUGACGGUGGGCGGAGCAUGAUCAAAGCACGUUAUGAAAACCUAACAAGGAACCCGAAUAUAUUGCGCAAUUCGUAUGUGCUCAAAACCAGAAUCAGUUUCUUAGGGCAGGUUUCGAUGCAACAACGUUGGAAAUAUUACUAUAACCAAGUGGCAAGUGGGGUGGUCACCAUAGGAUAGCUCUGGGAAUCCCACAGAGGGCUCUAGGAUCCUGGGGGCAUGGAGAGGGGCCUCUGACCCAUCUGCAUUUCCCCUGGAGCAUUAAGCCCUGUGCUGAAGUGACUCCCGGGGCAUUAACCGGCACCUUUUGAGCAAAGGGACAGCCCUGUUGCUCAGGGAACGCCAGUUGCAGUAGGCGAUGUAAAGGUUAGGUUACUCAACCCUGAGCCUGUUUUUCAUUGCGAGCAAGAGAAAACGCCCUGGGCGCCUCCCGGCUUCCAGUUCGUGAUUUCACUUCCUGGAUUGGGGGUGGGGUGGUUAAAGACUCGCACGUAGCUCUCUUGUUCCCAGUCGGACGCCAGCACUGAGGCAGGAGCAAUCUGCUCAAAGAUUAGGUGCAGCAAAGAAGAAAGGACUAGGAUAGGCUUAGAGGCUAAGGCACAACCUGGGCUGUGGCUAGGACUCGCCAAGAGACGGAGCCCAUCCUGGAAGACAUUCCCCGGACAGGUUUUGUAGCAGUGGGGUGUUGUUCCUCAGGUGACUCCAGACUGCCUCACUUCACCAAGAGUCUGACUGGGAGCAGGUAUGAGCCCUGGACUUCAAACAGCACAGCUAGGCAACAGCAGAGCUCAUGGGAAAGAAAUUCAGCUUGAAAAUGCAAAGGCUGCUGGGGAAAUGUCCAUCACUGUUGAUCUGGAAACAGACUAUGCUGAGCUGGUUCUAUAUUUAGGAGCCAUCACACUUGGGGAGAAGAAUAGAAAGAAAAUGCAGAACCCUCUCCUCAGAAAACGGGAGAGUGAAAAUAUUUCUCGAGCUGUGUGUGCUCUCCUCAACUCUGGAGGUGGAGCGAUCAAGGUUAAAAUUGAAAAUGAAAAUUAUAGCUUCAACAGGGAUGGCCUGGGACUGGAUUUGGAAGCCUCUCUUUGUAAAUGUCUGCCAUUUGUGGGGAGGCACCUAGACUUCAUGGAGCAGGGAGGAUACUUUUACAUCUUUGUGAAAUCUUGGAGUGCAGACAUCUUUGGGCUGCCGAUUGGCACCCUGAGAACCAAUUUGUACGUAAGAACCUGGUCGUCCUCAGUUGAAGUGGUUGCCUCUGAUGCUCUUGAGUUCCUCCAAGAACUGGAGGAAAAUGGAGGGAGAUCCUGUGUCAGACCAGAGCCUCCUGUAGGUAGAGCCUGCCCUGGAGUAGAAGAAGAAAGUCUCCUAGAGGACCUGGCUGCUGCAGUUUUCAACAAGACCCAAUUUCAGUACCAGGAAGACUUCCCCUUCACCAGGUCAACCUAUGCUGAAGUGACAUUGCUUUCAGGGAAACAGCUGCAAAAACACACUAAAGAGCUCAUCUCUCGAACAGUUUCUGCAUUUGCAAACACUGAAGGGGGAUAUUUGUUCAUUGGUUUGGAUGGAAAGAAACAACAAAUACUUGGUUUUGAAGCAGAUGAGAGUGAUCUUGGGCACCUAGAGAGUGAAAUAGAGGAGUGCAUCCGGCAGCUGCCUGUCAUUCACUUCUGUGAGGAGCAGGAGAAGAUAAAGUACACAUGCAAAUUCAUCCCAGUCCACAGACAGGGAACUGUGUGUUCAUAUGUCUGUGCGCUCAGAGUGGAGAGAUUCUGCUGUGCUGUGUUUGCUGCAGAGCCCAAUUCUUGGCGCGUGGAAGGCAGCUGUGUGAAGAGGUUUACCACAGAGGAAUGGGUCAACAGCUUGAUGGCUGACAAGCCAGGCUCUGGUAGCAUUGGUGCGUGAGUUCACACAUGUCCACUGGACAUGUAUUAGCUGAUGCUCUCAAGGAGCACCUGGAGUCUUCAACAAUGCCAUCCUUUUGCCCUGUUACAGUUGAAGGACUUCAUGGCCACAAGUGGGCCAAGCCUGCAAGUCUCUGUAACUGGAAAGGAUUUCCCAGUGGAGAUCUGCUGCCAACCAACCAUUCCCUCCUGUGGACCUCAACUGAGACAAGGAAAUGCUUUCCAUAAGAUCAGGCUUCAGCCGGGCCAUGAUAGCAUACCCCUUUAAUCCCAUCGGGAGGUAGAGACAGGCAGAUCUUUGAAUUUGAGACCAGCCUGGUCUACAAGAGCUAGUUCCAGGACAGCCUCCAAAGCCACAGAGAAAUUGGCAUCA